CCGUCUCUCCCAUCGUGGCAGGACCUUCUUUCUCAGGUUUGGCCUCACUGGAGUCUGCAGCCUCUGGUCCCGGGCUGGCUGACUUGGCUGCAGGAACAGAGGAGAGAUGAGAAAACUAUAUACACAUACAGUAGAGUAGCUGCUAAAAAUAUAAUGACAACUCCAGUUUGCCAUAAAGAAGUUUCCCUUUUCUAAGAGGUAUAAAUUACACUUUAGAGCUCCAACUACAUACAUAGCCUAGUAGUUAGUUAGUCUCUACUUCUUUUCCUGUUGCUCCAAAAAAUGCACUAAAGCAACACCAAAAUUGAGGCGAGCAA